GGCCGUCGCUAUUGGUAGCUACCUCACCGCCACCACGCGCCUCGCAGCACAUGUGCGGUUCCGAUCCGCACAUGCGCCUCGCCAAGCUUUUCUCCCGGGGGGCGGGGGAACUGUUGCCGCUUGGUUCGGUCACUGUUCUCCACCACAAACACCCCACAUCCAUCGGCGAUUAAACAAGUGGUUAUAGUAGUUUAGUACUAGUAUAAGUUUUGACGCGCGCCAACACAUACUGCCACGCCACGCGCGCCCUUUAUAUCCUACUCCAAUCCCUCCCUCGCCACGCUCGCCCCUCCUCGAUCUUCCUCCUACAGAGACCUCGCCGUCGCCAACGAAAUCUCGCUCGCUCAGCUCAGCUCCCUACGUGCCGCCGGCCGGCAGGCUUCGUUCGUGCGCGCGCGGGCAUUGUAUUACUCCGGUGGCACCUCGAUCGAGGAAGCUAGGCCGGCCGCAUGGGCAACUCCAUCGGCGGGAGGCGGCGGAGGGCGCGGGUGAUGACGGUGGACGGCGCCACGUACAAGUACCGCCCGCCCGCCGCGGCCGGGGACGCGCUGCGGGACCACCCGGGCCACCGCCUGCUGGACGCGGAGGAGGUGCGGCGCCUCGGCGUGCGCGCGCGCCCGCUCGACCCGGACGCGCCGCUCAAGCCCGGGCGGCUCUACUUCCUCGUCGAGCUCCCGAGGCUGCGCCGCCGCCCGCCGCAGCGGUCGUGGUCGGGCGCGCUCAGCUACGGCGCCGGGGAGCGGCUCGAGAGCCUCAUGCUGGCGCGGCGGUCGGCCUCGGACGUCGCGGCGUCGGCGGCGCUGCUGCAGCUCGCGUCGUCCCCCGCGCGGGCGCCGUCCGUGGAGGCCGCGGGGGACGGCGCCGUGCGGCUCCGGGUGCGCCUCCCCAAGGCCGACGUCCAGCGCCUCGUCGAGGGCAGCCGCGACGCCGCCGAGGCCGCCGAGCGGAUCAUGCAGCUCUGCGUCGAGCGGGACCAGCGCCGGCACCGCUCCGCCCCAGGCACGCCCCUCGCCGUGCCGGUGGCCGCUGCCGCCGCCAUGCCGGCGCCGGCUAUAAUCACGCGCAAGGACAGCAGCAAGCCCCUCGCCGCCGCCGCCACCGCCGGCAAGAAAGAGAAACGGGCGAGGUUCAUGACGGUGCCGGACGAGAUCAUCGGCUUCUGAUGAUCCAUCGAUCGGAGGAGCUCGAACUGGAACCUGAUCAUGCUUCCGGUGAAAUUCAUCUCUGUCGUCUAAGGCUCUAAAGCCCCAGGAUAGCCGGAGAAAGAAUCUGCAAGAUGGGAGGUAGCUUGUGUGUGACAUUGCCGGCCGGGAACACGAGAAGCGCUAGCUGCAUGUGAAUGCCUUCCUGUCUCCGAUCACUGGCACUUGUGUUCUGCAGUAGCAUGCAGACUAGCAGUAGCAUUUUGGUGUGAAUGUGUGUGAGGUGAUGCAACUCAUGGUACAUAUUGGACUGGUUGGUGAAUGGUGAUUGAUGCACGAAUGCCUAGUAGUGCGAUCGAAUCCCUACCUUUUCCUCGUCUCCUUUUCCCAGUGCGUAUAUCCUGCCUGCGACAGCUGCUUCUUCCACGCAAUGUAAAGCUAAGGGCAUUUUUUUUUCUUUUGCAAGGUUUGCUAGCUGUAGGCCUGUAGUGACUUGACACAAUAAAAUGGCGCCAUGCAUGAUAAUUCUGAUAACAAAAACAAUUGUCUUGCUGUAUUGCAAUGCAAAUUAUUACGACCCUAA